AUGGUUCGGAAACUCAAGCAUCACGAGCAGCGGUUGCUCCGAAAAACAGACUUCAUCACAUGGAAACAAGAUAAUAAUCACAGAGAUGCGGCUGUCAUACGGCGGUAUAUGAUCCAAAAGCCUGAAGAUUACCACCGAUAUAACAGGAUAUGCGGUUCCCUACGACAACUAGCGCAUCGCCUUAGUUUACUUCCGCCCGAGAACCCCGUUAGGAGGAAACAUGAAGAACUACUUCUCAAUAAACUAUACGAUAUGGGUAUUCUGUCUUCGAGUUCGAAACUCUCGAAUGUAGAGCACGGUGCGACGGUAUCCGCAAUGGCACGGAGAAGGCUACCCGUGGUCAUGACUCGCCUUCGAAUGGCCGAAACAGUGCAAGCGGCUACAAAACUCAUCGAGCAAGGCCACGUGCGAGUGGGUGUCGAGACUAUCACCGACCCUGCAUUCUUCGUUACGCGAAACCUGGAGGACUUUGUGACGUGGGCUGUUGGCAGCAAGAUCAAGAGAAACAUCCAGAAGUACCGCGAUAAGCUUGAUGACUUCGAGCUACUAUAA